AUGCGAGAGAUAUCGAAAUCAAUCCCUGAUGGAAGUCAUCUGUUAUUUAGAUUCGAUCCUCAGGAGUGUCAGAGAGAUGGGCGUAUUGGCAUCAGAGAGGAAAGUAAAGAAAAGGAAGGGAAUUUUUGUGAAGCCAGAAGAAUUGGUAACAACAGCGGUGAUGAUAAGCAUGAAGAUCAGUCUUUUGGUAAGCCUCCUGACAUCAGAAACUGGUUUCCAAGCUAUGAGUCUGAAUAUCCUGUUUUGGAUGCAGCUGAUUGUUUGAAAGAAUCUGUAAUUAAAGAAAGUGUUUGUGAGAAGGAUGGAUUUACUACUGAAGAGAGUAAGAAUAAGAGAGAAGAAAAGGCUAAGGAUUUGGGCAACUGUGGAAACAACAAUGAAGUACGUGCUGGUGAGAAGCUAUACCCAAAAGGGUCUAUUAAGUGUAAGAGUUCAUUUGAAAAUGUUUGUGAGAACAAGCCUUUAGAGCCACCUGACAUAAGAAACUGGUUCCCCAGCUAUCUGUACGAAUCUCCUGUAUUGGACGAAAACAUUGGAUUUCUUUGUGACAAAACUGAAUGCGAGGGAGAUGAUUUUGCUAAUCAAGACAACGAGAGAGGAAGAAAUGGAUCUAUGGAAAUUAAGACAAAACACAAGAAGGAUUUCACAGAAAACUUGGAAGCUAAGGCUCAAAGAGUUGAUCCUAUAUUACCUGGAGGCAAUAUGAAGUUCGUUCAAGGCGCUGGAGCUUCUUCAAUGAGUCCAUCAACACAUGGAAGGGGCAAUAACAAAGAAAAUGAAGGAAAAGAAGUUCAAGGAAAUGGUCUUGUUACAACAAGCAAGAGUAUAAUUACAAAACCGAAUGAUGAGAAUUCUUUGGAUAGGCAUAGGCAACAGCAGAUUUUAUUUGAUUGUGCUGCUGAAGUUUCUAAUUUUGAACACCCUGAUGUGAUUGGAGUCACUGGAAAAUUGAAGUGUCCUCGGAAGUGUAAGCCAAAUCGUGGACCUCCUAUGAAGCAGCUUCGACUUGAACGAUGGGUUCAUAGGCCAUAA